AAGACCAGUAUAGUACGUACUCCAUCAGAAACCCAGAGUAACCCAAAAUAAUUAUCGAGAUGUUCAGAUCUUUCCUUCCAAAACUCUUAGAACUCCCACCACCUCAGAUCGACUUCGGCUUGGACUUCCGUAUUAUAGAAAGUGUCGGUGGCCGUGUGUACAAGGCAAUACAUGAUUCUGGAAGAAUUAUUGCUGUUAAAAAGAUUCAAAUUCCAGAAGAUGGUUCAAAUGAGAACCAGAUUAAGAAGCUGGAAGAUGAAGUGAGGAAUCUACAAUUGCUGUCUCAUCCAAAUAUUGUUCAAUAUUUGGGAACGAGGAGAGUGGUGGGAUCUUUGUGUAUCCUGAUGGAAUUCUGGGGCAAAUCAGACUGCUCGAAGGAACUAAGACUGUUCAACGAGACAAAAACAAGAAGAUUCACCAUUCAGUUGUUGCAGGGACUACAAUAUUUACAUGAACGUAAAAUCGUGCACGGGAAUAUUAAGGGAAGAAAUAUCCUGGUUGAUGCUUUUGGAGACAUUAAGCUUGCUGAUUUUGGUCUAUCAGCACAUUCAAACCUUUUGGGCGCUCAGUCUUCAUCUGGAUACAGACAUUCUGUUGAAAUCUUUCAACCCCCGCCUCAUCUCGACCCAUUUGCUGAUAUAUGGUGUGUUGGGUGCAUUAUGAUUGAGCUGACCACCGGAAAGGAUCCAUGGCGAAGAGAGAGCUGGUCGAAUUAUAUUUUGCCUAGGAAAUUUUCUUUUCAUGCGAAAAACUUUUUGCAAGAGUGUCUUCAAUGGGAACAACAAGAUUCGAGGCUACCCACAUUUGUCUUGCUUCAGCAUCCAUUCUUAAAUCCUGCAUCAAUUGAGGUCCGACCUACUCAACUACUUCCGAGGGAAAGCUUAGUUGCUGAAGUGCUAUAUUGUACCUCACCUUCACCAACUUACGCAGCUGUUGGUGGAGAUCAUUCUAGAUUGGUGCUAGAUCAGAAUAGCAUUUCAGGAGAUGAGGGAGCUGCUGAACCUUCUCAUACUGCUGAACCUCCUAUAAUGCGGAGACCUAAUCAAGCUUUUGCACUUCAACAUGGUGCCGGAGCUCCUGUCAAUUUAACUCUUAGUUCCAAUGUUGGAUUAACUCCCAGUACUUGUCCUAAUAUUAAGUCCAAUGCUUCCGACUCCAAAUCUAUUUCGACACUUGUUCAUAUUCUCGAUCCAAAUAGUUCCUGGCAAAGUGAAAAUGUGUCUCUGGAGGGCUGCAAACAACAUAUUGCCUACUCGAGAAAGCUUGAGUCACAAGGGAUAUACUGGGCCCUUAAAACUGUUUGCUAUGUAGUGAAGCUUGGGAAACAAAUAGCCAUGUGUUGUGUCACUGUCCUGUGGCACAAGAAGCUAUUGGCGCAGCAAACAUUCCAAAAUGGUAAAUUGUGGAAUGAUACGCUCAAGAGUGCAGAAGAGAUUGUUGUUACCACUUUCACUUGGUAUGACCAAUUCCUACAAAUGCAGAAGUUACAGCCACAAGACAAAGCAGCCAAACUGGGUAAACAUUGGACUCCACCAUCAAGACAACAGCUCAAAAUCAAUGUUGAUGGAGCUUUCUUGCCUUCUAAAGAUAUUGGAGGCAUUGGUGGAGUGAUCAAAAGAAAAGAUAGUUCUUUUGUAGCUGGUUUUUCAAAGUGUGUACAUCAUGUUUCACCUCCAAAGCAAGUGGAGCUACUAGCAAUCCGUGAGGGCAUUGAUUUUCUACGGCAGCGUAGCCUCCAAGAAGCAUGCCUUGAGAAUAAUUGCCAGGUUGCAACACAAGAGAUUGGGGAAGAAGAUUUUGACCUCAAUGAAAAUGUCAACUUGUUGUUGGAUAUACAUCAGUGCAGCAAGUAUGUACACAAUCUGGAAUUAUCUUUUGCUCCUAGAACUGCCAAUGUAGAUACCUCUACUAGCAAGCUUAUUUUUUCUGUCACCAAGCAUAAGCAACACCCUCUUAGAAGGCCCACAAGCCGUGGUGGAGCCCAACAGUGA